UCAAAAACGUAUUGUAAUUUAUAGAUAGUUUUAGAACUAUGAAUGACUAAAAAAAAUGAAAGGAAUAGAAACAUAAGCUAUUUUUAUUUACGUACUUCAGCAAGCGGUUCUUUGCGUGGGAAUUUUGAAUUCAAAUCUUGCUGCUAUUCCUUUCUUCGCGUAGUCUGAAUUGUUGUAAAUAGGUGAAAGAAACAUCACAAGUAGUAGCAAGUAUGGCAGCGGAGGAGGAAGGUUCGCCUGUCGACCUCUACGUGUAUGACCUGACCCGUGGCCUGGCUGCGCUGCUCUCCCCUUCCAUUCUAGGACGGCAGGUGGCGGGCGUGUGGCACACUGCGGUCGUGGUCUUCGGCCGGGAGUACUUCUACGGCAGCGGCGGCAUCACGCACUGCGAGCCGGGCGGCACGCAGCUGGGCGCGCCGCAGCAGGUGUUGCGGCUGGGGAGUACGUUCGUGCCGCGCGUCGUGUUCGCCGACUACUUGCGCGGUCUGGCCACCACCACCUACACCGGCGCGGCGUACCGGCUGCUGGAGCACAACUGCAACCACUUCAGCGACGAGGUGGCGCAGUUCCUGUGCGACGCCCGCGUGCCUGAACACAUCGUGGCGCAGCCCGAGCGCGACCUGCCGCCGCCGCUGCGUGCCGCGCUCGCCGCCAUGCUGGAGCGAGCCCUGCCCGCCCCGGACCCCGCCCAGGGCCCCGCCCAGGGCCUCGCCCCCAACGACGCGGCGUACACAAACGGCGUGCGCGGCGGCCGCGAGGACAGCCCCGACUACCUCACGCUCAACAACCAGAUCGAGGAGGCCAGGCUGCAGUCGCACGAGCUCGAGCAGCGCCGCUCCACGCUCGCGGAGAAGCUGGCCCGCACGCAGCGUCGCCAGGAGCGCCGUCAGCAGCGGGACCGGCGCGCGCAACCCCACCACACGCCCCCAGACACGCCCCAAGACACGCCCCCAGACACGCCCCACCACGAGAUGGCUGAAUGUGUGGAGCUCGAGGAGGCGGCGGGGCCCAGCUCUCGGCCGGCCGGCAGCGCGCCGGACGAGCUGGAGGAGGCCGAGCAGCCGGCGCGUGCGGUGCGCGACCCGCCCAUCCUCUACCGCGACAUCGACGCGGCGGCGGAGUUCGCGGGGCUGACGCGGGCGCUGGAGGCGGCGGGGCUGGAGCUGACGGCGGAGGAGCGCCAGAGCCUGGACGAGCUGCGCCAGUACCUGGUGCUGGGCGAGGGCAGCUGGGUGCUCGGCGACGACUUCCUCAACUUCAUCGGACGCGUGCUGUCUGAGGGGGGAGAGGGGGGCAAGGCUGUGGGCGCGGCGCGGCGCGCGGUCGUGCGCUGUCUGGCGGCCGCGGCAUUGCGCGACGACGUCUCGCUGCUGCUGCACCAGGACCGGCGUCAGCACGCGCUGCUGGCCUACGCGCAUCGCGUCGACCUCCUGCCCCCGCCCGAGCAGCACGCCCUCGCCCUCUUCAUGUGCAACCUGUUCGCCCACGCCUCCUCCUCCGAGUGGCUGCUCUACAUCAGCGAGUGGGAGGCGCACGGCCAGAUGCUCGCCAACAUCCGCGUCACCACCAAGGUGUGCGUGCAUUGCGCGCUCAGCGAGGAGCCGGAGCUGCGCGAGGCGGGCACGGCGCUGCUCUACAACGUCGCCACCAAGGAGGUAAAGACUGUGGUGUUCGACGAGGUGUGCGCGGAGCUGGCGCUGGCGGCGCUGCAGCUGCUGCGCGCGGAGCCGGCGGCGGAGGAGGAGCACGUGUGGCGCGCGUGCAGUGCGCUGGCACGACUGGCGCACCACUCGCCCGACGUGCCGCAGCUGGUGGCGGUGGUGGGGCCCGACCCCGCCGCAUACAGAGGCACCAGCCCGCGUGUCGACGAGCAGAUCGACCUCAUCCUGCAGAAGGUCAAGUGAGGCGCCUCUCCGUGGGGCCGCGUGAGGCGCGUGAGGCGCGUGAGGUGCGUGCUGCGUGUGGGGGGGGGGACUCCUCCGUAACCAGAAAUGUUUUGUUUGUAAUUAUUUAAUUAAUGAAUACUAAUGUAUAAAGUUGUGUAAUGUGGGGGGCGGGGGG